UAUUCCAUCGCGAAACGAACAUAGAGAACUGACAGUUUUUUUGAAAAAUACUGUAAUUUCUAUAUUGAUCAAUAUUAUGAUGUUUGUCAAGUUUGCAUCAGACUAUAAACUGUCUCAAAACCGAACUCAUCCUCUUCGUGAUUAUGUUUCGCUUAAAUUAUUAAAAUCAAGCAUCUGAUUCCUAAUAAAAUUGCAAUAAAAAAAUCAAUGACAGAAAUGUUUUGACCGUUUUACCAUUGCUAUAGAAAUGCACGACUGUACUAUUGUUCCAUUACUUCUCUAAUCAGCUACGUACUAUCUUGAAGUGAUCAUAAAACUCAGUGUAGGCCGAUUCUACCUCAAUUAAAGUGCCAACAAUCUAAACAUUUAUAAGGUCGUGAUUUAUGCUAUUUAAUGACAAUCAAUUGGAAUUCAUCUUCUAACAAUUGCUGAAAGUUAUGGUUUACAGAAAAUAACCCAGUUUUGUCAGACUGUCUGCCAAAGUUGCUUCAUUAUCAGUUAGUGAUUCCCAUGAAACAACAAGAAAUAUUAUUCUUAGUUUAUUAAAACAUUAAAAAUUACAAGAAGAUUACAUUUUUUCCAAGGAGAACAGUUUUGAUCGUCAAAAGUUUGACUCAUCUGAAAUACGAAUAUUACUAAUAAGUAUUGAAAAUCCUUUUUGCCUCAACUUCAAGUGAAUAAUUGCUUGAAUAAAUCCUCCCCUUUCCUCCUUUUCAACCGAUCUAAUUUAAAAAUGGUGUAGUGACGAGUAUGCCAACUGUGGGCGUAAAUGAAAAAAUUGGUGAACUAGGUGAAAGCCCAUGGAAAUGAGCUUUACUAAACUUUCACCAUUUAAAGUAUAAAGUUAUAAGUUCGAAGUGCAGUUCUUAUUGUGUUUUGUUUCAAAAAUUUACCCGGAAAAUGUUCGUGGACAAAUAUUUUGUAUUGAUGUUUAUGACUUUAUGUUAUUUGACCAAAACGUACGGAGGCGAUCCAAUAUAUGUGCGCAUCAUUGAUGGGAAUCAAAAAUUUGAUUUGCAACAAUCUUUGGAGUCGGAAACUAAUUUUUUGUUAAAAGCAAGGUUGGAUUAUGAGGCGUACGAAGGAUCUUCAAGCAAUUUUUACAUCGAAGAGUCAAUAUUUAGUGAUGAAAGAAACAGAAUUGUUACUACAAUAAGCAGAGGAUUUGUUGAAACGAUAGAAAUAUUCCGUGAAUUUGAAACUCAGCGCAUUUUGAUGGUCUGUUUUCCAUCGAAAUAUUGUGAACAAAAUGGAAAUUUGCGCAACUACAAAUUUUAUAGUGAAGAUAUUUUGGUGACCAGUAUUGUGAAAAACGUACUAAUGAUGGGGCCUUAUCGUAUAAUAUCAUAUUUUGCCAAUGAAACUUUAGCCACAAACAAAAUUAGUCGAUGGAUCGAUACUGGUCGACGAUAUCGAUCGACUCAAUAUAUGGAAAUGACUGCAAAAUUUUCAGAUCGGUAUUUUAGGAAAUUGAUGGGCUUGAAAAAUCCUCUGAAAUUGAUUAUAACUGAAGGAUUCUAUCGAAAUGCAACAUUAUUUAUAACACAGGUUGAGCCUCUUAAAAAGGUAACCAUUUCCAAGGCAAAUAAAGGUAUCCAUUACGAAUUGACUGACACCAUUGGUUCAAGGAAAAAUUUUUUUACCAUCACAUCACUGGAUUCGGUUUCAUAUGCAAAGAUUAGUAAUGGAAAUUUGAGUGAUUCUGAAUUGAUUUACGACUACAAAUUUGGUAUAAAAUAUACUUUGUCUGGCUCAAACGAAUGUGCAAUCGAACUGCGCCAUGCUUCAGAUGAAUUUAUUUUUGCGAAUUCUGAAUAUUAUGGAAGAGAUUCUUACUUCCCAAAGAAUCCGGUUGAAUGGUACAGCAAUAAAUUUAUGGUAAAAGCUGAAUUCAAUAAACUGGUUGAUAAUGUCAAUUAUGAUUUCGUUGUAACAACUUACUCGAGGUCUUCACCUAAUAAGUCGAUAUUAUAUCUUAAUGAGUGGUUUGAAGGUUUUUCUAUCGAACAAAAGCUCUAUUCAAAAUCUGCAUCUAAUGAGGACGCAUUUAAAUGCGUUUACAUUGAAUCAAGAAUGAUAUCGUUUUCUGAUUCUUUUGGUGUGGAUGGAGAUUUAAAUGAAAUAGUAAAUUUUCAUGAUCGAUGUUUCAAAGACGGAAAAAAUAAAAUUAUCCUCGAUUUGAAGAUUGUAUUAUUAGAUCACUUGACUUCGAGGAAACUAGAUAAAGCACUUGCCAAUAUUCAUGAAAGUAAGGAUGAGUUACGAAAAGUGCUCAUGGAUAAACUGCGAAUAUCAUUUUUAAGAAUAAACUUGAUCAAGUUCAACUUUUUAAAUUCGCACAUUAUGGCAAAGGUUGAAAUUUUUGAUUCAAUUGUUAAUAACUUUGAAUCAAAGAAAGGCAUUUCGUACAAAUUUAAAAUCCAAUCAACUUUAUCUGGUAAAAUUUAUACAUCGAGUAUUGAUGACUGUUUGCGUUUUCAAACUAAUAAUGCCAAUUCAAGAUAUGUUAUAACAUGUAAAACUGGGUAUUAUUUAUGCCUUGGAAUCGCUUAUGGAGAUUCAUUACCAGAGGAAGAUAAAAAUGGAAUGGAUUGCAUGUUGUUCGACAACUCAGAUCGCAAUUCAACUAAACUAUUGGCAGAAGUUUCUUUGCGAGAAAUAAGGGAAUCUUAUUUCAAUUUGAAUGGAAGUCGAUUCAACUAUUCCGAUAUUAAAUUUGCUGUUGUUGAUGUGACUAUUGAAGAUGAUAUAAAAUCCGUUGAAAAGAAACCAAAAGAAGAAAUUAUUCGUCAAGAAAAGCCUAAAUUGAGCUUAACUCUCGUAUUUUUCAUCAUACUUUCCAUUAUUUCCAUAUUGAUCAAUAUUGUGAUAUUUGUUAAGUUUGCAUUAGGCUAUAAACUGUCUCAACGUCCAAAUCGUCCUCUUGGUGAUUCAGUUUCAAUUAAAUUGAAUGACUUGAACAACUGAUUUUAUAAAACACAAUAUAUCAAAUGUUUGAAAUAUUACAGAAUAUGUUAUGAGAAAUUAAAUUUCAAAAUCAAUGCAGUUAUGUAUUCAUGUAUUCGCACUAAAAUUUCGAAUAAAAAGUACAAUCGAAA